AUGGCUGCCCCGUGUCGGAGUGUCAAGGGCUUGGUUGCGGUUAUAACUGGAGGAGCCUCGGGUCUAGGCCUAGCCACGGCAGAGCGACUAGUGGGGAAAGGGGCGUCUGCUGUGCUUUUGGACCUGCCUAACUCGGAUGGGGAGACCCAGGCCAAAAAAUUAGGAAAAAGCUGCGCCUUCUGCCCUGUGGAUGUGACCUCAGAGAAGGAUGUGCAAGCUGCCCUGACUCUAGCAAAAGAAAAGUUUGGCCGUGUGGAUGUUGCAGUCAACUGUGCAGGCAUUGCAGUGGCCAUGAAGACAUACAGUUUAAAGAGGAGGCAGACUCAUACCUUGGAGGACUUCCAGCGAGUUCUCAGUGUGAAUCUUAUAGGUACUUUCAAUGUGAUCCGCUUGGUGGCUGGAGAGAUGGGCAAGAAUGAACCAGACCAGGAAGGCCAACGGGGAGUCAUCAUCAACACUGCCAGUGUGGCUGCCUUUGAGGGCCAGGUUGGCCAAGCUGCAUACUCUGCUUCUAAGGGAGGCAUAGUAGGCAUGACACUGCCCAUUGCUCGGGAUCUGGCACCCAUAGGUAUCCGGGUGAUGACCAUUGCUCCAGGCCUAUUCUGUACCCCACUACUGGCCAGCCUCCCAGACAAGGUGAGAAACUUCUUGGCAAGCCAGGUACCCUUCCCCAGCCGACUGGGGGACCCUGCUGAGUAUGCUCAUCUGGUACAGACCAUAAUCGAGAACCCAUUCCUCAAUGGGGAGGUCAUCCGGCUUGAUGGUGCUAUCCGCAUGCAGCCCUGA